AACAUGUGGUUUGUUCAGAGCAUGUUGUAUAGAUACUGCCUGAAUAACAAAACUCAGGGCAAAAUGUGCUACACAGCCAGUCUGUACUGUGCAUCAUCGCUGCUCUGACUAUCAAAGGGAUACUUACCGUGGGAUCACAUCGGUCUUCCAGUAUGUUCAGAGAUUCAAGGAGCAUUGCCAAAACAGGAACCUCCUUGCUGUUGGGAGCUCUUUUUGUGGUUGUUUAUCUCUCUUUGAGUAAAGACUUUAUUGACCGCAAAACCACCCACCUCCAAAAUGAAUGUGGAAAGGGAUAGCAGUCAAAGAACGCCACCCACCAGAAACAUCUCAAAUGCAUGUCAAAAAAAUCUGUCUGCUGUCAAAAUCUCAGGGUUCAGAUCCCUUUCUGCUGAGAUUCAAGACUUUCUCUACUACCGUCACUGCCGGCAUUUCCCCACGCUAUUGGACCUCCCUGACAAAUGUGGAGGUGCUGAUGAAUCUAAAGAAAUCUUCCUUCUGCUGGUCAUUAAAAGCUCCCCUGUGAACUACGACCGCCGAGAGGUGCUACGUAAAACCUGGGCUAAGGAGAGGUUACACAAUGGAGUGUGGAUUCGAAGGAUCUUUAUCUCAGGAACGAUGGGUGAUGGUUAUGAGAAAGAGAGACUGAACAAACUCCUGGAACUGGAGCAAAAAGAGCACAACGACAUUCUCCAAUGGGACUUUAAAGAAUCAUUUUUCAACCUCACCCUGAAACAGAUACUCUUCCUCGACUGGAUGGAAACAAACUGUCACUACGUUCGCUUUCUACUAAAUGGGGAUGAUGAUGUCUUUGCCAACACAGACAACAUGGUUGAGUAUCUCCAAGGUCUUAAGGACAAUAAUGGGAGCACGCACCUCUUUACUGGCCAUUUGAUCUCAUAUGCGAGCCCUGUCAGAUGGUCAGGGAGCAAGUAUUUUAUUCCAGUUCAGGUGCACAAGCCAAACUCAUACCCCCCCUACUGCGGUGGUGGGGGCUUCCUCAUGUCUUUAUACACAGCCUUGGUCAUACAGAAGAUGUCCCAGGUCACUACUAUUGUUCCUAUCGAUGACGUUUACAUGGGAAUGUGUCUGGCCAAAGCAAAACUCGCUCCUGCUGCUCAUAUGGGCAUAAAGACGCUAGGAUGGUACAUUCCCUCCAAGACAUUAGAUAAAUAUGAUCCUUGUUAUUUUAAAGAACUGCUGCUGAUACACAGAUUCCUUCCAGCUCAUAUGUAUGUUAUGUGGCAUAGAAUACAUGACCCCAGUCUGAAAUGUGGUACCUCAAAGAAAACGGCUAUGUCUUUCGGGUGGUAAAAAAAAAGUUUUUUGACACUUUGCUGCAGGUGCUGGUAGGUUGCAAAGUGUUAGUGUUGCUGAUACUUUCUGACUACAGAGUGAAGCACAUAGUCAACAAGAUUUAAAGUCUGAUGGAAAUUAAGUUACAGGGGCAUUUUUCUCCCUGGUACAGCAUACAUAUGUGCUCUGUGAACACGUCAUGGGUUCUCCAGCAACAGUAUUUA